GGCGGCGACCGGGAGCGAUGGAUUCGAGGCCGCGCGGGACCGACGCCCCCGCCGGCGCGGCGGCGAAGGGCGACGCGGAGAUCACCAGGCCCCGGAACGACAAGCGCGGGUACCGCCGCGUCGUGCUCCCCAACGCGCUCGAGUGCCUCCUCGUCAGCGACCCCGACACCGACAAGGCGGCGGCGUCGAUGAACGUCUCGGUGGGCUACUUCUGUGACCCCGAGGGGCUCCCUGGGCUUGCACACUUCCUUGAGCAUAUGCUUUUUUAUGCUAGCGAGAAAUACCCUACGGAAGAUGAUUACUCAAAGUAUAUUGCAGAGCAUGGGGGUUCAACCAAUGCCUUCACAUCUCGUGAACAUACGAACUUUUUUUUUGAUGUGAACAACGAUAGCCUGGAUGAUGCUUUGGAUAGGUUUGCACAGUUUUUUAUAAAGCCACUGAUGUCACCUGAUGCAACUCUAAGGGAAGUUAAUGCUGUUGACUCUGAAAAUAAGAAAAACUUAUUGUCAGAUCUUUGGCGAAUGAAUCAGCUCCAGAAACAUAUUUGCUCAGAGAGGCAUCCGUAUCACAAGUUUAGCACUGGAAACCGGGACACUUUGCUGGUUAAUCCAAAUAAGGACGGACUGGAUACACUGGAUGAGCUUAUUAAAUUUUAUAAUUCACACUACUCAGCCAACUUGAUGCAACUUGUUGUGUAUGGCAAAGAGUCUCUUGACAACCUUCAAACUCUUGUUGAAAAUAAGUUCUCUGAUGUCAGGAAUACUGGAAGGGAACGUUUUUCCUUUCAUGGUCAUCCUUGUUCAAGUGAACAUCUCCAGAUCCUUGUUAAAGCUGUUCCCAUAAAAGAAGGCCACACUUUGAGAAUAUUGUGGCCAAUCACCCCAAAUAUUCAACAUUAUAAGGAAGGUCCUUGCAACUAUGUGAGUCAUCUUGUUGGCCAUGAAGGAGAGGGAUCUCUGUUUUACGUGCUAAAAAAUUUAGGAUGGGCAAUGAGUUUGGGAGCAUGGGAAGGUGAUUGGAGUUAUGAAUUUUCAUUCUUCAGUGUUGUUAUACGGCUUACAGAUGUAGGCAAUGAGCACAUGGAGGACAUUAUUGGACUGUUGUUCAGAUACAUAGCACUGCUCCAAACCUCUGGAACUCAUAAGUGGAUUUUUGACGAGCUUCUAGCUAUCCAUGAGACAGGAUUCCACUACCGUGACAAGAAUCCUCCUAUGUAUUAUGUUGUCGAUAUUUCCUCAAACAUGCAGAUCUUUCCGCCGAAAGAUUGGCUGAUUGGAUCGUCUGUUCCAUCAAAGUUUUCUCCAGAUGCUAUCCAGAGUAUAUUAAAUGACUUGACUCCAGAUAACGUUAGAAUAUUCUGGGAAUCAAAAAAGUUUGAAGGGCAGACAAACUUAACAGAACCAUGGUAUGGUACAUCAUAUUCAGUUGAAGCAGUCACUCCUUCCAUCAUACAGAAAUGGGUAAAUAAAGCUCCCAUGGCAGUCGAUCUGCACGUGCCAAAACCUAAUAUCUUCAUUCCAAGUGAUCUUUCAUUGAAAAAUGUUGAGGAAAAGGGAAAUUUUCCUUUUAUGCUGAGGAAAACAUUGUUUUCCAGAGUGUGGUAUAAGCCUGAUACAAUGUUCUUCACACCCAAGGCCUACGUCAAGAUGGAUUUCCAGUGUCCACUGUCCUGUAGUUCUCCUGAAUCAACAGUUCUUACUGAUAUGUUCACAAGGUUGCUAAUGGAUUAUUUAAAUGAUUUUGCUUAUGAUGCUCAAGUUGCUGGUCUUUACUACACUGUUAGGCCAAAUGACACUGGAUUUCAGAUAACUAUGGUUGGCUAUAAUGACAAAAUGAGAGCCCUUAUGGAUACUGUCAUUGGAAAAAUUGCAGAGUUUGAAGUGAAGUUUGACCGUUUUGCUGUAAUAAAGGAAACUAUAAUAAAGGAGUACGAGAAUUUCAAAUUCCGACAACCAUAUGAGCAGGCAUUAUACUAUUGUUCGUUGAUAUUAGAGGAACAAACUUGGGCAUGGGAUGAAAAACUUGCUGCAGUUUGUCACAUUGAAGCUAAUGAUCUACAGAACUUUUUGCCUCAUCUUCUUGGAAAGACAUUUAUUGAGUGCUAUUUCGCUGGGAACAUGCAACCGAGUGAAGCAGAAGGUGUUGUACAACAUGUUGAAGAUACCUUAUUCAAUGCACCCAUCAGUUUCUGCAAAGCUUUAUCCCCAUCACAGCAUCUUGCAAAGCGAAUUGUAAAGCUUGAAAAGGGUUUGAGGUAUUAUUAUCCAGCAUUGUGCCUAAAUCACCAGGAUGAAAAAAAUUCUUCCCUCCUGCAUUAUAUCCAGAUUCAUCAGGAUGAUCUCAAACAAAAUGUUCUACUUGAAUUGCUUAUUCUUGUUGCUAAGCAACCAGCUUUUCACCAAUUGCGUUCAGUUGAGCAACUUGGGUACAUAACAAUGCUUAGACAAAGAAAUGAUUCUGGUGUUCGGGGAUUGCAAUUCAUAAUCCAGUCAACAGUGAAGGAUCCAUCAAACAUGGAUGCCAGAGUCGAAGCUUUUCUUAAGAUGUUUGAAGAGAUUCUGUACCAAAUGCCUAAUGAAGAGUUCAAGAGCAACGUGAAAUCUCUCAUUGACAUGAAGCUGGAGAAAUACAAGAAUAUAAGGGAGGAAUCAGCUUUCUUUUGGAAGGAAAUUUCGGAAGGAACUCUAAAUUUUGAUAGAAAAGAGGCGGAGGUUGCUUUACUGAGGGAUCUCAAUAAAGAGGAGUUGAUUGAGUUCUUUAAUAAUCAUGUUAAAGUUAAUGCACCACAAAAGAAAAUCCUUAGUAUACAAGUUUACGGCGGUCUCCAUUCCUCCGAAUACGAAAGGACAGUUCACGACGAGCCACAGCCGCAUUCGUAUCAGAUAACUGAUAUAUCCAGCUUCAGGAGAUCGAGACCCUUGUAUAGUUCAUUCAAGGGAGGUGUUGGUCAGAUGAAGCUAUAAAGGUCACAUUUUUAUGUCUGCAAAUUUCGAAACAAUAAUCUUUCCAUGUAAUGUGGAGAGACGUUGAUACUUCUGUAUUUCCACCGUUUUCUUCCGAUACACUAGCCAAGACGUUUCAGUUAUCCUUUUUGCUGUCACCGUGCCGUGGGUGACUGACACUGGCGAUCACUUUGUGUGUUCUCAUCAGGAAAACUUCUAUCAUUCGUAAAGGAACCUUUUUUGGACAUAUGUUGAUAGUACUUCUCUAUUUCUACUGUUCUCAUGUUCUUUGUACCCUUGUACCAUGACCUUUCAUUCUCCUUUUUGCUGGCACCAAACGAU